GAUUCUGACUUUUUGUGACACCUUUUGUGAGUCCCCUUGGCCGCCUCAGCAUCUCUCUCUCUCUCUCUGCACCGAAUUUUCAGCCUUUCUUUUUUUUUUUUCCCUGGCCAAAACUCACAUGCCUUUUUCUGGGUUCAUCUUUAUCUUCAUCUCUUGUUGGUCAGCUCCUCGAUAAAUGAAGGAAAAAAAAUUCCAUUUUCGAGGGUUUGCAAAGUUUACAUUCAAAUCCGGGACUUUUCAUGUUAGAUGAUUGAAGUUGAAGAGCUUUGAGCUGAAAUUUGGAAUUUUUAUAGGUAGUGGCCUUGUGAUUUCUGGACGAAAGGUAGCGGCUGUUUAAGAUCAUUAGAAAGAUGGGGUUUUGAUUGAAUAGAGGAAGCGGGUUGUUUGCCUGAAUCUUUUGGAGUUCUUUGGAUCUUAUCAAUAAUUAUGCGUUUGAUUGCUGACAAAAGGUAGGAAAAGAAAAGAAAGCAAAUACUCAAAAAAAAUUGAUUGUGGGUUGAUUUUGAUAUCCGAUAAAAGUGAACCUUGUGCUUUUAAGGAGCCUGGUACAACUGUUUGUUUUAGUGGAAUCAUUUUUCUCAGCAACCCAGCGAGGGCUAUUGUAAAUUGAUUCAAUGGAGCACCUUAUGAUGGUUGAUGACACAUUAGGCGACAGUUCGGAUUUAGAAAUUGACGACAUAAGGUGUGAAAACAUAGCAGAAAAAGAUGUUAGUGAUGAAGAGAUUGAAGCAGAUGAUUUGGAGAGGCGAAUGUGGAAGGACCGUAUCAAACUCAGAAGGAUUAAGGAAAAACAGAAGCUUGCAGCGCAGCGAGCUGCAGAGAAGCAGAAGCCCAAGCAGACCUCUGAUCAGGCUCGGAGGAAGAAAAUGUCGAGAGCACAAGAUGGGAUUCUCAAGUAUAUGCUGAAGCUGAUGGAAGUCUGCAAAGCUCGGGGAUUUGUGUAUGGGAUCAUUCCUGAGAAGGGCAAGCCAGUUAGUGGUGCUUCUGAUAACAUAAGGGCUUGGUGGAAAGAAAAGGUGAAGUUUGAUAAGAAUGGGCCAGCAGCUAUAGCCAAGUAUGACGCGGAGUGCCUUGCCAAGAGUGAGGCGGAUAACAUUCGAAAUGGGAACUCUCAGAGCAUUUUGCAAGACCUUCAAGAUGCAACUCUUGGGUCACUUUUAUCUUCUUUGAUGCAACACUGUGACCCCCCUCAAAGGAAGUACCCACUAGAAAAGGCAGUUCCGCCACCUUGGUGGCCUACUGGGAAUGAAGAUUGGUGGGUAAAAUUAGGGCUACCCCAUGGUCAAAGUCCUCCUUAUAAGAAACCACAUGAUUUGAAGAAGAUGUGGAAAGUUGGAGUAUUAACAGCUGUGAUAAAGCAUAUGUCACCUGACAUUGCAAAGAUAAGGAAACAUGUCCGCCAGUCAAAGUGCUUACAGGAUAAGAUGACAGCGAAGGAGAGUGCAAUCUGGUUGGGGGUUUUAAGCAGAGAGGAAGCCCUAAUUCGGCAGCCCAGUAGUGAUAAUGGGACAUCUGGUGUAACUGAGACGCGACGAGGUGGCCAUGGUGAAAAUAAGCAAGCUGCGAUUAGUAGUGACAGUGACUAUGAUGUAGAUGGUGUUGACGAUGGUCUCGGUUCUGUUUCGUCUAAAGAUGAUAGGAGAAAUCAGCUGAUGGAUGUAGAACCUUUAGAAAAUCUACGCACUAACACUCCUGUCCAGGAUAAAGAUCCAGGGGAAAAGCAACCGAGGAGAAAAAGAGCCCGUGUCAGAUCAAACCCUGCUGAUCAAGCGCCUGCACUGUCUCAGAAUGAACGUCUACAGGUUGAGCCAAGAAUCUCUCUGUCUGAUGUAAACCACACUGAUUUGGAGUUAGUUGGAUUCCAGAUCCAUGGAGAUCAACAGGAAAAUGGUACAAUUGCAGCUUUGAGGCCCCCGGAGAAAGAUAUUGAUGUCCAACCCCAGCUACCUGCAUCUGAAUUUAAUAAUUUCUCUGCUCUACCUUCUGACAAUGCAAUUUCUACUCAGAGUAUGUAUGUGGAUGGAAGGCCUCUGCUUUUUCCGCUGGUGCAAAACGCUGGGAUGCAUCAUGGAGAUGCUAGCAACUUGUAUAAUCCGCCAGGGGAAUAUGGGCACACACAUGACUGGCAGCGGUCUCAUAACGUAAUGAAUGAACCUCACAUUAGGCCAGAGGAAGCUGGAGUCAAUGUCCCCGCACUGGAUAGAAGUGCAAACGAGAUUCCUGGAGGGGACUUGCACUGCUUUGUAGCAGACAUGUUUAACAACGAGCAAAGUCGACCUGUUGAUUCUCAGUUUGGCCCUGCAAUUGAUAGCCUGUCAUUAGAUUGUGGAGGAUUGAACAGCCCCUUCAAUCUUGGAAUUGAUGGCCCUAGUACAUUGGAGGACUUUUGGCUGGAUGAUGAUUUGAUCCAAUGCUUCGGCGCAUAAAAAUUAUUAGAUUUUAUAAGUCAGAGCUUAGAUUGGACUGCUAAAGUGCAGCAUCCAUUGUUGACCAAGCUUAAGGUAUUUACCCCACUCACUGGACAUGUUUCUACUUUCAGUGGUUAUCAUUUGUGCAUUAGAUGAGGUGACUUGGAACUUGAAUCUUCCUAACUCAUCAGUUGAAAACAAAAUGAGCAGAGGGUCGACUUUUCCUGUUAAUAUUUUGCCUCACUUUGCUCUCAAUAGGAAUGACAGUUGUGGGGUUCUUGUAAAUAAUUCAAUUUCUUAGACUGGGUAAAUAUGAAAGUUAUGAUAUUUUUGCCUUUUCUGUUUGAACGAUCAUUUUUUUUAUAGAUAUGCUCAUUGUGUUCUUCAUUCA